UAUUAUAGCUCACUUGUCGCACUGAUAUCAAUUGGCAGUUUUGUAGACAUCCAAGACAAAAUAUACAAAAAAAAAUAAAAAAGUUAAAAAAAGUAUACAUCCAUCAUCCAUCAAAAAAGUCAACCUGAAGAAUUAUUAGCAAUUUUUCAAUGUUUUUAUAGAAUAGGAAAUGUGAUACACUUAGUGAUACAUCAAUAAUUUGAUUACCUAUUCGUUUCCGUUAACUCCUGUUACAUUGUAUGUGUAAAACUUUAACACAGGAACAGAAACUUUAACAGAAUCUAUUAUUGAGACAUCAAUGUGAGAUGAUUUCGUGUUGAGAUCUGUCAGCAGACCAAUAUCAAUAAUGGGAUCCAUGCGACCUACUGGGAGGUUUCUAUCCUUCACCAACAACAUUCAAAGAACACAGAAACAAUCUGUACCUAGUGGAUUUCCACAAAGCUUAUCUGGCAGUGAGACUGAUGUUUCUACGUCCAAUGAAAAUCUGUCUAGAGAAGAGCGGUAUGUGGUGCGCCACACAGCCCGCGUGGAGCCCCAAGGGCAGGAGAACCAGAGUGAAUCCAACAGCAGUAAUAAUAACAAUAGGAACUCUUUGAAGGAAAGUAACAGCAGCAAUAGAAAUUCACUCAAAGACUCUGUUGGUGGAGGCAACAGUAACAGGAGCUCUCUAGAUGUAUCAUCUUCAUCAUACAACACACUUAUUAUUCACAACCAGGAUGAUUCCUGGCCUCCUCGACCCACUCCAAUUCGAGAACACGAACGAACAAGCAGUGAAGUGAAACACAACCCUACUCAGUCUUCUCCGUACCACACACUCAAGAAGAGUGAGGUUGGGAAGAAGCCCAGUGGUAUUCCGUUGCCCAAAAUGCACAAGGAGCAAUCGGUGACUACGACAGCGAAUUACAUCGACAUUGGGGGGCAGCGGAUAUACACCAGCCCUCCUGAUCAUGGAGUUCAGGAAAUAACGGAGAUACCAGACGACUUCCUAAACCAGUCGUCGGUGCUCAAACACCUGGCGAAGGAGGUGGCGCAGUCGCCGAGCCCGCGCGGGCCCACGCCGCCCGCGUCGCCGCGCGCGCCUCCGCAGAAACCUAAGGGCAAAGCCUCUAAGGCCAAGCUGAGUAAAGAGAAGCUUAACUUGUCGAGGUCGCAGCCCGAUCUGACCAGUGUGGGCGUUCGCGCGGUCCCCGGCGGAUCUGAGUCAAGCGGCUGGUGCAGCGGCGGCGAGGGCUCGGCCGAGGAGCCCGACGACGCCUUCGCUGCAGUACUAGACGCCCUCGCGGCUGAGAACCACCAGCUCAAGCGACAGCUGGCCGACGCUUGCGAGCGGGUCGCCAAGACCACCAAGCUGGAGGAAGAAGUCGAAAAGGUCCGCACUGCCCACGAGGAGCUAGUUGGCUCCUGCGAACGUCGGGAGCGCCUGGAGAGGGCCGCGCGCGUGCGACUGCAGGCCGACUGCCGCCGCUUGCACGACCUCAACCGCGCGCUCAAGCAGCAGGUGGAUCUCUUGUCGCAAGGCGUGCGCGCCGAAGGCGACAGCAAUGCUGAAGCGUUGCGCAAGGAGCUGCAAAAUAGGGAAAUGCUCAUCGCCCAGCUCAUCACACAAAACAAGGAGCUGGCGUGCGCGAAAGAGCGGCAAGAAAUCGAAAUGUCUGCGCAGCGGGCAACACUGCAGGAGCAGCGGACGCAUAUCGACAUCCUCGACACCGCGCUCACCAACGCGCAGGCCAACGUCGUACGCCUCGAGGACGAGUGUCGUCACGCGAGCGGUUACGUGGAGCGCGUGAUGGGCCUGCAGCGAGCGCUGGCGUCGUUGCAACAAGCGUCCGACCGUCGUGAGCACACCGAGAGGAAACUACGGGCGCAAUUGGAGAAGGAGUUGCAGACUUUGAGGAAACGCGAGUGCUACUGCGGCGGGCCGGGCGCCGGCGGCGGCGCGGGCGGCGGCGACGAGGCCGAGCUGCGGCGCCUGCUGCGCGAGCGCGACGAGCGGCUGCUGGCGCUGGAGGGCGAGUGCGCCAAGUGGGAGCAGCGCUACCUCGAGGAGGCCGCGCUGCGCCAGGCCGCCGUGUCCGCCGCCUCCAUCCCCAAGGACGCGAAGAUAGCAGCUUUAGAGAAGACUUCAGCAGAAUCGGAGCGUCUGAUGGCGGAAGCGCGUAGCGAGAAGAUCCGCCACAUGGACGAACUGCACCUAGCGCAGAAGAAGGUCGCCGACCUCGAAAGCAGAGUCAAAGAGCUGGAAUCGAAGGUAGCAGAACGAGACGCGAUGAUCAAGGUGCUGCAGAAACACACUAGCUCGGCCUACGAUAGCGGUGCGUCUCUCAGGAACAACUCCAGUAGAGAGGAACUAGUGGGCCUGUCGUCGGGCGCGUCAUUCUCUAGCGCGGAAGGCGUGGGCGCGGGCGGCGUGGCGGGCCGCUACCGCCACCUGGCGCGCCGCAACUACUCGCCGCACAACGACAACUCUAGCGGCUGCGGCUUCGACAGCUCGUCCCUACGGCUGGACUCGCAGCUGGCGGCGCUGGAGUCGCGGCUGGAGCGGCCCGUGCCCGCCCGAGGUCUCUGCUGCUUCCCCGGACUCAGUACGGUGGGGGCCCGCGGGGGCAGCGGGCGGGGGGAGGAGGCGCUGCUGCUGGAGCGCCAGGGCCGCGCCUCGCAGCAGACGCGCUCGUCCAGCCUGCCGCCGCCGCCCUCGGCGUUACCUCGCCCGCCCAGGAAGCCGUCCGCUAGGAACACCAGAUACGAGCGCAUGGAACACAGAGACGCACGAAAGGAUUCUGAUGGAUCUGGGUCCAUAGCGUCGAGCGCAUCCCGUAGCUCGCCGCUACCCUACGACACAGUGAGGAAACUGCCCUCGGUCCCGACUUCAGCGUCCCUUCCCGCGGCGGAAUCCCGGGAGUCCCUCGUGCGGCCCCGGGAUUCCAGCCUCCCUUCGCCCUCCAAGCUGGCAGUGUACGCCGCUGNUGCCGCUGCCAGAAGGCGGUCGGCGGAAUCUGCGAAGGACAACAAAAGAGGACAUCACUACAGAAUUCAGUUCUAAGCUUGUUGAUUUAGCCAAUGACAGAUGAAUUAACACACCCUCAGGUAAAAAGUAGUCUUCAAGUUUUUUCUGGAAAACUGUUUACUUACGUGCAGUGCUUAGAAGCCAAUGAAGUUUUUUUUGAAGAAGAAACACUUUGAAGAAACCCUAGUUGUCAACAGCUUGUUAAUAUUUUAAAAGGAAAAAAUUAAAGAAGAAAAAGAAACUCGAAGUUCAAUACCCAUGAUUUAAAAUGGCUAAGAUAAAUGGUGCCGAAUAUGUAAGUAAAACGACAAGUUGCGCUUUUCAGACUAAAGACAGCUUGGCUCGUGUUGGACGAGUUAAACGAGUUAGCCGCCUGUAGCCGGGCUACUUUUACUGCCUAUCCGUUUAAACAGCAGGUUCAGAGUGGAACACUGGCAAACUUCUUGACGAACAAUGUAUUGUGAGUAGAUAAAAUAACUUGACUUACAUGUAUAUUCCAAGAUACGGGGUAACUGCCCCUUUAUUACUAAAUUUUUCAGGAGCUAUAAUUUAGCUGUAUUUAUAUCAAACAAAUUAAUUAAGUAGCACAGUUUAAAAGUGUCCACAUUUAAGAAGGAAGCUGAUAAAAUAGUCAAUGGUUAUAGAACAAUAGUAAGAUGAUGUGUUUUGAGUUUUGACCAAUCUUCAUGCAACCUCGUUAUAAUAUUACGAGUAGAAUAUCCUAGAAAGUAAAGUAAUACCACAAAAUAGAAAAGUGUUACGUUUUGGGUAUAAGUAAAAGUAAAAUUAAAUAUUAACGUGUGUUUGCGUGUUUGUAUAAAAAUUACAUCUAUUUACUUUGUUAACAACAGGUCCUGCUAAAAUUGGUUUUAAUUCAGUUAGCAAUGAACUGGUUUGGGUACUAUUUGAAUUUGUAAUGAGGAUUUAAUAAACACUUCUGGCCUGGUUAAAAUUAGUCUAGUCAUUAAUACGUCCAUAAAAACCUCGGAUGUAAAUCGGUUGUACUUAAUAAUUAAAAAUAAUUUAAACUUACAAAAUAGUUAUUAUUUAGGUAAGUAGGUAUGUAGAGGAUAUUUUGUUCAACAACCAAAUAACAAAGUAUAUUUUAUUUUAUCGCAUUUAAAUUGUCAAAAUAGCUCAAAUAAUAAUUAAGUUUACAACUAUGGUAUUAUCAAAUAAGACUUAUGAUGAGUUCGAAGAUCGUUGCAUCUAUUUCGAAAUGAAAUUGUUUGUACUACGGUGAUGGCUCUAACACCUUGACUUGUCUAUAUUCGCACUGUGUAUAUUCCCAUAAUAAAUAAAGCUACGUAAAUUAAUGAAAUAUAUUUCAGAGAAAAUUAUAAAAUACUUCAGAAAAAAUAUAAUUUAAAAUUGCUAAAGGAAAGAAGAACCACAAAAUAUCUUGUGUUAAACUGUCUGUUUCUGAAUAUAUGCAAGUUAUAUUAGUUUUUAUACAAAUUUUAAACACAUUGUGCGUCUAUAGAUAACGUCCUGACUGACAAGAUAUCUGUAAAAUACUGAGCUCAUUUUAAUCAUGUAGAGUCAGCGAAAUUGUCAACACUUACUUAUUUGUUAAGUAUUAUGUAGUGUAAUACAUACCUUGAUGGUGUCUUAAUUAAUUAAACUUUAUUUUAGUUAAACUUGGAUAUCAAUAAGCGCUGACUCUACAUUUAUCAUACAUAAUUUAUCAAUUUGGUUGUUGUGAACUUCAUUGUGUGGAUUACAUGUAAUUAUAAUUUCAUGUUUUUUCAAAUUUGUUUGUUUCUCGUCCCACCUUUUUAUGAAAGAAUG